AUGGGCUCACCCCUUGGACCUCUCCUAGCCGAUGUCUUCAUGGGAAAAUUGGAGAGAUUCCAACUAAGCGAACAGAUCGACAAGCUUAAACAUUACGGUCGCUAUGUUGACGAUAUCUUUGCCAUUGCCACUGCAGAAACCGAUGUAGCAACCCUCUUAGAUGCGGCAAAUCAGGCACAUCCGUCGAUCAAAUUCACGCUGGAGAUGGAAACGGCCGGUUCGCUCCCUUUCGUGGAUGUUCUUCUAAGCAGGAGACCUGACGGGAGUGUCCGAAGAAGCGUCUAUCGGAAGAAAACCUGGUCUGGACAAUACACGAACUUCGCCAGUUUCGUACCACUCCAACAAAAACGAAAUCUAGUCCGAUGUUUGGCACAAAGGGCUAGAAAAAUUUGCUCAACAGAUAGCAUCGAGGAGAAGCUCAGAAAAAUCCAGGACUUCCUUCGCGAGAACGGAUAUCCUGAAAGGUUUAUUGAAAAGAAUAUUGCUGAACGACCGAUCAAACCCGCCACACCGACCGCCGAAAAGAAGACUUUGUUCCUCAAGGUCCCUUUCCAAGGGGACGCCGUGAGUGAAGUCCUAGGGAGGCGCCUUGAUCAAGCUGUCUCGCGAACCUUCCCAGCAGCAAGAGUUCAAAUAGCAUUCUCCACUAACCCGAUUUUACGCGGAGAAGGUAAGGAUAAGUUGCCACCGCAGACCACCUCAAUGUGCAUAUAUUCCUUCACUUGCUCCUGUGCAGCAGGUUAUAUUGGUCGCACGAGUCGGCGCUUAUCCAAGAGAAUACGCGAACACCUUCCCGCAUGGCUGCCAAAAGGUGAAAUUAGGAGAAUAGACAGGGCCAUUCUCGCGCAUGUUGUCGAUUCCGGACAUCGUGUGGACCCCAACGAAGCUUUUCGUGUAAUUUAUAAAGUCCCAUCGAGCUACCCCAAGCUACUAGGCCAGCGUCUGUUAGCGACAGCGGAAGCAGUCGCCAUUAGGCUACGAAAGCCAAUCUUGUGCGCGCAGAAGAACCAGGUUCAGGCUCCGCGCCUACAGUGGUCGAAGGUCGACUAA